AUGUCGGCUUGUCCUUCUCCUCGCAUCUUCCUGUUUUGCGGUGAAGGGGCUCACAGCGCGGAGACGGACAUUGCUUGCCUGAAAUUGUCCAGAUCGUGGCCUGCUGUAGAGGAUGCUCUUCAGCAAUUGGGAUUGUCCAAUGCGGAAGCUUUCUUGCAGCAAAACCUUGGAAAGCACUGUGCGCCCACAUCUCCUGUGGUAUCCGUGGUGCUUAACAUGCUCAACGCAGACCUGUGGCAGCAGUGGGGAGAAGUGCCUUCGGUGGUCGUGGGUCACUCCGUGGGUGAAGUCGCUGCUGCCUAUGCCGCUGGCAUCUUCACAGCAGGGCAGGCCAUCAGCUGCGCUUAUCAUCUUGGUUUGGCCAUGUUGGAGAUGAAGGGAACGAUGCUCCACACGGAAAUGCAACGAAAAUGUUUGCCAACUGAGGAUGGGUUCCAGUUGGCAGCGGUGAACUAUGUGAUCAAGAGAGGAGCCACUGAGGAGGAGGAUUUGCUCAGCGUGACCCUUUGUAGCCUUGGUUCUGCUGAGGAGUACUUAGCCAAGGAUUCGAAAGCCACACUUCUGAAACCGGAGCAUGCUUGGCAUCACCGGGCAUGCAAGCUGCCAGACUCCCUGACGCUUCCUCACGGCCAACGUUCUUCCAGGAUCUUCAUCUCUGCAGUCACAGGGACUCAACUGGAGGAACUACCGGAAGAUCACUGGCAGCGCUGGUGCAACUCCCCUGUGAAUUUUGAAAAAGCUCUGGAGAAAGCAAAGGGGAUGCUUCAAGGAGCAUCUCCGGUAGUGCUGGAGAUGGGGCCGCAUCCAGUCCUUUACCAAGCUGCCAAGGCGAGCUUCGAGGACCUGGCGUGGACCUACGCGUGUUCCAUGCGUCGUGGCGAGAAAACGGGCCACGUGUUGCGCCGCUCCCGGGCCAUGCUGCGCUCCAACGAGACGUUGCGCUCCCAGCUGCAGGAGAUGGUGAGUCAGCAGCAGCUUCAGCUACAUGCCGACUUUGAGAUCAGCUUUGAAGAUCAAGGCAUCGGGUCACAACAUUUGGUCUCAUUGGCUCAGCAACUGGAGAAGUUCUUCCCCAUGUUGGCAGCUUACGAUUUCUACCGUUUCAACUCCUUGGAGAAACUCAUCCAACAUUGGGACACGGUUGACACCGAUGGUCACAUCGGAUGGUCUCACACAGCUACAGCGCUGGACAUUUUGGGUUGUGGGCUGCGCUUGCCUGCAGGAGUGGCUUCUCCAGGUGCCUUUUGGUCCUUGCUGGAAAAAGAUGACCAGAGCAGUGCUUUCAGAUCCAAGCUGCCAGGGAUCACUGCUGCCUUUCUGCACUUCGAUCAAGUGGCGGCUGCUGUGGAUGGUGUAGAAGGUGCAGAGGCAGCUGCCAUGGAUCCCCAGCACGCCUUUGCCCUCCAAUUGGCAGCUGAGAUGUUCCAAGACGUCGAAGCGACCCCCGCAGGGCCGGAGAUCUUGAAGCUUUUACGAGAAGCUCGGGAGCGGGUCGGCGUCUACAUCGGUGCCUGGCAAGAGGUGGCACCAUCGACGGGUGGGACCUCGGCCUAUCAGACGAUUGGUACUUCCUUGAGUGCUUUGGCCGCACGGGUGGCCAAUGCUUAUGACUUGCAGGGCCCAGCCAUGACGAUCAACACGGCAUGUUCCUCUGCAUUGGUCGCAGUGCAUGAAGCAUUGAAAGAUGCCAAGAUUGGACGGAUUGACUUUGCGAUUGUUGGUGGAGUCAACUUGUUCGGUGAAGAUCUACAGCUUUUCCACCAGCUGCGCCGAGCGAUGAUGUUAAGUCCUUCCGGCAGAUGCCACACCUUCUCGGCCGAGGCCGAUGGCUAUGUGCGUGGAGAAGGUGGAGUGCUCUUCCUUUUGGCUCGAGAGGACUUGCGCCUUCCUUCUUGUGGACGCAUUUUGGGCUCGGCAGUGACCCAGAACUCCAGGCGUCGGCCUUUGUCGUCCGUGGAUCCUUUCGCCCAAGAGCAUGCCAUUCGCUUGGCCUGCGCCGACGCCCGGCUCAGUCCCUCGGAGCUCUCCGCCGUGGAGCUGCACGGCACCGGAACGCCCUUGGGCGACCCCGUCGAAGUCUCGGCCUUGGCCAGGACACUUGGAGACUCCACGUGUUGGAUGACCGCAGCCAAGAUGCACGUGGGACACUUGGAGUCUGCUGCCGGUGCUGUUGGCUUGCUGAAAGCAAUGCUGAUGUGCCAACAUCGCAGGGUACCGGCCUUUAAGAUCGGCAGGCUGAACCCGCAGGUGAUGGCUGCCAUGGAGGGCUCCUGUCUCAAGCUGGGAGAGGAAGGUGUUCUCAUGGAGGAUGCCAAGGUGGGUAUUUCCAGUUUCGGCUUUGCUGGCAGCAAUGCACACGUGGUCAUCACAGCUCCGAGAGAAGGUGCGAACCGCCCACCGUACGAGGCACGCACAGAGGAGCGUCAGAGCGGUAGCGGCAGCGAAGCGGUACCGAAGCAGGUUGUGAUUUCACAUGAAGCAGGUUGUGAGGAUUUCUCAGCACCGAGUGGUGUUCCAGCUGAAGAUUUCACCAGACCUUUGCCCAACGCUGGAUCAUCGGAAACUACGACUAAGAACCAAGGCGACAUGCACGAUGAGCAUGUGGAGGAUGUGGCGAUGAUAAACCGCUUAAGGUUCGUCAGCAGCGCUGUCCUGUCCAUCGUGGGAGGCGAUGGAUCUGUGGAUGUAGAUGCAGAUUUACAUGAGUUGGGACUGGAUUCCUUGGGUUUGGCUGAAUUGCUUGGCUUGUUGGAGGACAAAUUUGGUCCUGGCUGCAUUGGAGUGGAGAAAAUCAUGGAUCAACCGACAUGUCGCGCCAUCGCCAGCAAGUUGGACUCUGUUCAGCUUGAAACUGUCCAUUUGCCCGAUCUGCCCGUGCCGCCUGUCGUGCCACCUGUGGCACCUGUGAGGGUACCUGUGGCACCUGUGGUACCUGUGGUGCAAGCGAAGAAGACCGGCAUUGAGCAGCGCGUGAUGUCCAGUGACGACCACGGUGACGACGGUGACGACGGUCAGUGGAUUCGGACGACCCAUGUGGGCUCACUUCCUCGGCCAGAUAAGUCUGGAAAUCCGAUUGAUUUGGUAAUUCUUCAACAAACAGAAAUCGACCUGGACGUCAUCAAUGAUGGCGAGUGGGGUCGGGAGAACUACAUCUCUGACGUGAUCAAUCGUGUGUCAGGUCUGAAUGGUGGUGACAUGGGGCCAGCUUCAGCAGCCUUAGCAGCUUCAGCAGCUUGCUGCAACAAACAUGCCAUGCCACUUGCAGCUGAUAUGCUGGAUGUGCCGCUGUACGCUCAACGCUUCUCAGGAGGUAAUGGGUUGAUCACCUUGAACCCCAAGCGAGAGGCUGUCAGUGGCUUGGCAUGUGUGGCCCAUCCCAAGUACAUCGCUCCAGAAAUCCCCAACUUGAAGGCCUUCGUGACUGCAGUGGCUGCAGCGGGCAAAUCGGUCUUGGAUUGCUUCCACUCAGUGCCCUCUCCCGGAACAAUGGCACUCUUUUGCCGGGACCUGGUUUUCAACGAUCACAAGGCGUAUGUUAUGGCACUGGCAGAUGCCCUUGCUGAGGAGUACCAGCUCAUUGCCCAGCAUGGCCUCCUGCUUCAGGUGGACUGUCCUGACCUGGCCAUGGGUCGUCAUACCAAGUGGUCUCAGUUGAGCCACGAGGACUUCAUGGACGUGGCCCGUUGUAACGUGGAGGCCUUGAAUCGAGCAUUGAGAAAUGUCCCAAUACAUCAAAUCCGUGUGCACGUGUGCUGGGGCAACUAUGCUGGACCACAUCAUCAGGAUAUGCCUGCAGAGCACUUGUGGCCGUUGCUUGGGGAGGUGAAGGCCAAGUACUUGUUACUGGAGGGUGCAAAUGGACGUCAUCGAGCAGAUGUGCAGUGUUUUGAGUCGGCGGUGAAAAAGGGCUACUUCAAGAGCCACCAGGUCAUCGUUCCCGGGCUGAUUGACACCACCACGGCACGGGUCGAAGAUCCACGUCUCAUCGCGGAGGAUUUGCUGCGCUACGUCCGUGCCGCCGGGCAUCCGAAGCAUGUGAUGGCCUCCACCGACUGCGGCUUCGCAUCCACGGCACGGUCCACGGCCAUCACUGCGGACUUAGCUUGGAUGAAGCUCCGCAGCUUGGUUGCCGGGGCUCAGCUUGCCACUCGCCGUUUCUUGGAACUGCGCUCGCCGGUGCUGUGCCGUUCCCUUACGCUGGAGAGCACACCCUUUCGGGCUGCGAUUUUCACUGCAGAGGAGCUCCUACUACGGCUACAGCAAAAACUUCCAACAUAUACAGUUCUCACAAACUGGGAGGUAGCCCGCGGUAAACAAGCCUUCAAAUACUAUGCAGAUAUGGAUUGCACUACCCGUGCCGCACAGUUUCUAGAGUAA